GGAAAUCUGUAUAAAAUAUGUACUCUGUAUUAAAUCUGUAUGAGCAUGUAAAAAUCUGUAUAAUACAGAUAAAUCUGUAUACAUGGCAUCCCUGAUGGUCACUCAGUUAUGACAGCAAUCAUCUACUGUCAUUGUCAUCUAAUUUAGAAAGUUAUGAAAAGGUUCGCUCCGGCAAAACAGCCAGCUAGCACAAAUUAUAUCGCGAACGGCAAUUUUCGAAAGCAUUUGCAUAAGAAUUGUUACCUGAUCACAGGGUAAAAGUGAUUUGUUAUUGUACGUUAGAGAUUUCUAACAACUUUGAGCGACCAUCUAGGGUUUUCUGCGAAACGAGCUAUUUAAUUUAGUCGAAUAUCUGCAGAGAAACUACAGCACUACCUGUCCUCCAGUUUUAAAUGUGCAUAUGAAAAGGAAUGAUUGUCGACAUUUAUUGAUGAAUUCAUAGUAGAAAGCUGUUAAUAAUGUUUCCUUGCAAAUAAAAAAAAAUUGUUCCUAAAUUAUUGCGGGACAUAUUUUCUGUAAAAAUUGAACGUCAGAAAAACAAAGCGGUAGAGCAGCUUGAGAAUUUGAUAGUGUCCUGUUUCAAGGCAAAAGAAACAGAACGCAAGCAAUCGGAAGUUAAUAAAAAAAAUAGCGAGACAACAAAAACUAUGUCAAAGUUUUUACAGUCCAACCCAACGUUCGAAGAAAAAUGGCCUCAAAUGCGGCCAAUCGUGCUAAAACUUCUGAAACAGGAACCUGUCACACAUUCAGAGUGGCAGGAUUUGUUUUACGCUAUUCAUCUAGUGUGUUUGUGGGAUGAUAAAGGUCCCAGCAAAAUCCAUGACUGCCUGCAGGAAGAUAUUGUGACAUUUAUCAAACAGGCUCAAAGCCGCGUGCUUGCGCAGCGAGAGGAGCAAGCUUUACUUAAAGCAUAUAUUGUGGAAUGGCGUAAGUUCUUUACGCAAAGUAGUUACCUUCCGCUUCCAUUCUGGCAGCUAGAGAAUGCACUGCAGGGGAAAAGUCAAUCUUCCAGCCAUAAUUCCAGUAGCAGUUCAUCUAAAAAAUCCAAUCACUCAGACGAUAGUAUAGUGCGAAAAUUGAUGCUGGACUCAUGGAAUCAAAGUAUUUUUAUCAACAUCAAACACCGAUUACAAGAUUCGGCCAUGAAACUGGUACAUGCCGAACGAAAUGGAGAAGCAUUCGACUCACAGUUGGUGAUCGGAGUACGAGAAAGUUAUGUCAAUCUGUGCUCGAACACCGAAGAUAAGUUGGAGAUAUACCGUGAAAAUUUUGAAGCUGCCUAUCUGCAAGCAACAUCCGCAUUCUAUCGCUUAAAAGCUAGUGAGCACCUGCAAGCAGAUGGAGUUAAAAGUUUCAUGGAGUACGCCGACAUGAAGCUACGGGAAGAAGAAGCUCGGGCUGAACGAUAUCUAGAACCGGGAAGCAAUACGGCUCUGGCGCAAUGUUGCGUCACGGUACUAAUCGAAGAUCAUUUGCCAACUCUGUUAGCUGAAUGUGCCACCCUAAUAGAGGGUCGUGAAACCGAGAGACUUCAGUUAAUGUUUCGUUUACUUGAUCGUGUUGCUGGUGGCGUAGAUCCGAUGUUACGGGACUUGGAAAACCACAUCGUACAGGCUGGGCUGGCUGACAUGGUGGCAGCCGCCGAUGUUAUUACGCAAGAUUCCGAAAAAUACGUCGAAAGACUGCUGGAACUGUUUCGUCGUUUUAGCAAUCUGGUGAAGGAAGCUUUCAAUGACGAUCCACGCUUCCUGACUGCACGCGAUAAAGCUUUCAAGACGGUCGUCAACGAUAUAACCGUCUUCAAGCUAGAGCUACCAACGUCGGCAACGGCGAUGGCCCGGGGAAUUAAGUCGGCUACACCCGAAUCAAAGUGUCCCGAGCUGCUGGCAAACUAUUGCGAUAUGCUGCUGCGGCGGACACCAUUCAGCAAACGGUUGACCUCCGAUGAAAUAGAAUCUCGCCUCAAGGACGUCUUACUGGUGCUCAAGUAUGUAAGCAAUAAGGAUGUCUUCAUGCGUUACCACAAGGCACAUCUUACCAGAAGAUUGAUUUUAGACUCAAGUGCUGACAGCGAAAAGGAAGAAGACAUGGUCGAAUGGCUCCGAGAGGUCGGCAUGCCAGCCGAUUAUGUGAACAAGCUAGCACGAAUGUUCCAAGAUAUUAAGGUUAGUGAAGAUCUGAAUACUCAGUUUCGAGCCCAGACGACCCGUCACGAUGCCAUCAACAUUAAGAUUCUCAAUGCUGGUGCCUGGGCACGGGGAUCGGAACGCGUGUCGGUUAGCCUGCCGCUCGAGCUCGAGGAUUACAUCCCGGAGGUGGAGGAUUUCUACAAAAAGAAACAUUCCGGUCGAAAGCUGCUGUGGUACCAUCACAUGAGCAACGGAACGAUCACUUUCGCCAACAACUCGGGUAGAUUCGAUCUGGACGUAACUACAUUCCAGAUGGCUGUACUUUUCGCAUGGAACCAGCGACCCAACGAAAAGGUUUCAUACGAAAAUCUCCGCCUAGCAACGGAACUGCCGGACCCAGAGCUUCGAAGAACGCUCUGGUCGCUGGUAGCUUUUCCGAAACUCAAGCGCCAACUGCUGUUGUACGAUCCUGUGGUUGCAAAUCCGAAAGAUUUCGCCGAGAACACGUUGUUCUGGAUCAACCAAGAGUUCGCAUUGAUUAAAAAUGGGAAACCACAACGGCGCGGCAAAGUCAAUUUGGUUGGUCGAUUACAGCUGAGUACAGAACGAUCCCAACAGGAGGACAAUCAAUCGAUAGUGCAGCUGCGAAUACUUCGCACCCAAGAAGCCAUCAUCAAGAUCAUGAAAAUGCGUAAACGACUGAGCAACGCGGCACUUCAGGCCGAAUUGGUGGACAUUCUUAAAAACAUGUUCCUACCAUCGAAGAAAAUGAUCAAGGAACAGUUGGAGUGGCUGAUAGAACACAAGUAUAUGCGGCGGGACGAUGACGACAUCAAUACAUUCAUCUACAUGGCAUAACGCGGUCUUCAGGUCGAUUCUAAUUUCCCAGCCACAACGCGCGUCCUUGAAUAAAAGCUUUUUCUGAUGCGAUGGAUAAACGCUGGAGAUUAAAUUAUUUUUGCGGUUCACUUCAUGCACGGUUCACAGUCAGUUACUGUGUGAUCCAUGGUAGAAGUAGAAGGUGCGAUCUAAUGAACUGAUUCGUAUGCGUGGUUUAGUUGUUGAUAAUUUGAGAAAAUCCGAAAUUGGAAUUGUGAUGGAAACGUGAAAUAAACAAUGUUUUAAGACCA